AUGAAUCAACACAAUUCAAAACCGGUCCAUUCAUCAUCAUCAAACAUUAUCAACACAGUUCAACCUACGUCAUCUUGUUCAUUGCCAAGAACUGUUUAUGCUCAUCGACUGCAAACUUAUUCACCGGUAACAUUUACACACAAAAAAGAAUAUUGUAACAAUGAAGUUGUCACAUCAAUUUAUACUUUAUGGAAUUUUUUACCAAAAAUUAUUUAUGAACAAUUACAUUAUAUGUCGAAUAUAUUUUUUAUUCUAGUUGCAAUUUUACACAUGUUUGCUGAUGGUGCCACAUCGGUAUUUGCAAUUAUUGGUCCAUUUUCAUUUGUUUUCUUAGUGACAUUAUUAAAAGAUGGCAUUUUUGAUAUAUUACGACAUUAUCAAGAUAAACAAAUUAAUGAAAGAAAAUUUCCAGUGAUGCAAAUUAAUUUAGAAACAAAUGAAAUUUAUUGGAAAUUAACUAAAUCAAAAUUUAUUCAUGUUGGUGAUGUGAUUUUAUGUAAAAGUAAUGAAGAAUUUCCAUGUGAUUUAAUUUUAUUAGCAACAAGUAGUAAAGAUUGUUCAUGUCGUAUAACUACAGCAAAUUUAGACGGUGAAAGUACCAUUAAAACACAUUAUUCAAUAUUCAAUACACAAAAUAUCUAUGAACAUUAUUUCAAUGAUUCCGUAACUUAUAAAUUUAAUGAACAAACUGAUCAAUUAUUGAAAUCAUUAUUUAUUAAAAUUGAUUGUCAACAACCAAAUGAAGAUUUUACUAAUUUUCAAGGUUGUAUUACAACAACAUCUAUGAUCAAUGAUCAAAUUAUACAACCAUUAACAUUACAAAAUAUUUUAUAUAAAGGUGCUAAAUUAAAAAGUACAAAAUAUAUUAUUGGUUUAGUUGUUUAUACUGGUAAAGAUACAAAACUUAUAUUAAACUCGAAAAAAGUUAUACGUAAAUAUAGUUCACGUGAAAGUAAAGCUAAUGAAAUUCUAUUAAUUUUUAUGAUUAUUAUGAUUGGAUUUUGUAUUAUCUUUUCAAUAUUAACACGAACAUGGUCAAUGAUGAAUUUAACAAAUCCAUUUAUUCCAACACAAAAUUUUAAAAAUUGGACACAAGUUAAAGGUGUUUUUCGAUUUUUAUUUAUAUUAAAUUAUUUAAUACCGAUUUCAUUAAUUAUUACUAUAGAAAUUCAACAAAUUACUGCUGCUUAUUUUGUAUCAGCUGAUAUCAAUUUAUAUGAUUCAGAACAAGAUAUUGCGACUAAAUCAAAUACACCACAAUUAGUUGAUGAAUUAGGUCAAGUGAAUUAUUUAUUCAGUGAUAAAACUGGAACAUUAACACAAAAUGAAAUGAGUUUACAUACAAUAGCUAUUUUAAAUACAAAUAAAAUAUAUGUAUUUAAUGAUAGAAAAUUUCAAAAUACCACUCAUGCCAUUGAUGAUCAUUAUAAUCAAACAAACAAACACAUUCAAUUAAAACAAAUUUCACAAAAAACAAAUAAAUUUGGUCAUAUUGGCAUGAUUUAUGAAAAACUAAACGGAUUACAACAACAACAUGAAUAUUAUGAAGAUAAUCUUGGAUUUAUUUCAUCCUCUGAUUCAGAAGUCGAUGAAGAAGAUGACAAUGAAUUGACACAACAAACUGUAUUUAAUGAUAUAUUUCAAUCGAAAAAGAAUGUUACUAUAUCAUCAUCCAAUGAAUAUUCUAGUCAAGUAGUGCAUACUAAAGAAAUGCCUAAUGAAUUAUUAACUUGUCUUACAAUACUAGCACUAUGUCAUACAGUAGAAGUUAAUGAAGAGGAUGCAGAAAAACAAAUUAUCAUAGGCGAAAAUGUUUGUAUGGAUAAUUUUUAUCAGGCAACAUCACCAGAUGAAAAAGCACUCGUUAUAGGUGCAGCAAAACUCGGUGUUAUAUUUAUGGGUACAUCAGUCAAUGAGAAUAGUUCAGCGUCAAGAACUUAUCGUAUAGAAUAUGAUCAAUGUUUGCGAAAUGGUUCUGAUCAACCUGAAAUUAUGGAAUAUUCUAUUGAUGCCAUUCUAGAGUUUGACUCAUUUCGAAAACGUAUGAGUAUUAUGGCUAAACAUCCUGAUGGCACGUAUCAUAUUCAUAGUAAAGGUGCUGAAUCAAGUAUUUUUAAGAUAAGUAAUUUCUCAAAUGAGAAUGCACAUCAUUUAGCUAGUAACUAUGUUACACAAUUUGCUAUCGAUGGAUUACGUACUUUGGUUUAUGCAACUCGUCAAGUAGAUUUUGAAGAAUAUCAUCAAUUGCUCAAUGAAUUUUAUCAAGCUAAAUCAUUGGUUGGUUCACAGCGUAAUGAUGCAUUGAAAGAAAUUUAUUCAAAAAUUGAAUAUAAUUUACAAGUAGUUAGUAUUACAGGAGUUGAAGAUAAACUUCAACCUGGUGUUCAUGAAUGCUUGAAAAAUCUUCGUGAAGCUGGAAUUCAAGUUUGGGUAUUAACAGGAGAUAAAGAAGAGACAGCAAUUACUGUUAGUCGUUCCGCUGGACAUUUUACACCAAAUAUGAGUUUAGUUCAUUUAACAGAUUGUGAAGAUUAUCUCAGUUUUACUUAUAAACUAUUUCAUUAUUUGGAAGAUUUAAAAAUUCGUCGAAAAAAAAGAAAUUUUAAAAGAAAAAUGAAAAUAUUUUUUGAAAAACCAAUAAACGCUUUAAAAAUGAAAACUUAUUCAAAGAAUAAACCAAAAGUUGAUUUUGCUUAUCAAACUAAUUCCUCGGAUGAAAAUUAUACAUUUGAUAAUUUAAAAAAAUUGUUUACAAGUAAAAGACCAUUACAAAUUGAAAUAGAUCCACCACGUUUUAGACAUUCAAAAAGACCAGGCUCAGAUGGUGAACCAAUGGCGCUGGUAAUAGAUGGUAAAAGUUUACGAUUUGCACUAGAUCCUGCUCUAAGAAGAAAAUUUCUAGAUUUAUGCUUGCACUUAACAACUGUGCUAUGUUGUCGUAUGACACCACUUCAAAAAGCAUCAAUUGUACAACUUGUACGGUCAGGUUUGUCAGACUUUGGUAUUCCACCGAUUACAGCUGCUAUAGGUGAUGGUGGCAAUGAUGUUGCCAUGUUAUUACAAGCUAAUAUUGGCAUAGGUAUAUAUGGUAAGGAAGGAAAAGAAGCUGUACGUGCUUCAGAUUAUGCUAUACCACAGUUUAGACAUUUACAACGUCUUCUGUUGGUGCAUGGACAUCGAACUAAUCAUCGAUUAUGUUUAACAAUGAAUUUAUUCUAUCAUAAAUGUGUUGCAUUUGUAACAACACAAGUUUUGUAUACAUUUUAUAGUGGUUUGUGA